AAUAUAAAGAGCUCGGACAAUCGAAAACGACCGGUCAGUUGAGUGAAGCCGAUUGAAAACCGACAACAUGCGAUUCGAACUUAAUAUAUUUUUUCUCCUGUCGAUGUUGUCCAUCGGCCGGAUAUCCGACUCGUCCAGCACUUCGGCGCCAAAUCACCAUCAGCAGAGGACGGACUCGGAUCAACCGGCGCUGGCAGACAGUUUGACGGCCACGAAGAGUUCGGAUUCGGCGGUCGAAAGGAUUUCGAAAAUGUUGGACUGUUUGGCGAAUCGGCUGGACAAAGGUGGCGAGAAUUCGAGGCUUGGAUGUCACGACUUGUUUUCGACCGUUUGGAUCUCAGCACGACGUGCGCUGCUCGGCGAUGACAACGAAAUCGGAGAGAGCAAAAAAUCAAAGAAAAAACCAUGGGAUAUACAGACUUUAAUGCUCGGUGCAGGAGUGAAGCUGAUUUUGUUCCUGCCGGUUUUGGCAGUUCUGACGGGAAAAGCCAUUUCGUUGAGUCUGACGUCACUAUUGAUCACGUCUCUAGGUUUCCUCUACAGAAACCAAUUGGAAUCGUUUGCCAAGCGCAGUGAUUCUUUGUGAUAUAUUUAUACAUAAAUACAUUACUUUAUUCGGUAAUGGGAUCGAACGUAAAUUUUAGGUACAACUUCUGUAACACUGCAUUAUAUUAUAUUGGUGUCAUAUUGUUUAACCCCCCCCCCCUUUCAGAGGGGGCUAAACAAUAUGACACCAUUCUGGUUAUAUAAUAAGCAUAAUAUAAUGGUAUUGUAAGGUGAUUUGAAAAUUAAUGUGAUAAUUAUUGUAAUAUUAUUGUGACGUACAGGUCUGCGAAAAUUGAAGUUCACACGGUUGAAAAAUAUUUAAAAACAUUAUAUUCAGAAGUUUUAAAAAAUGAAAUGUUUGAUUUAAUCUUCCUUCGGUCUACCGCACCAAUUUGAGGAUGGGUUCACCAACCACUGUAUAGUUAAAAAUAUGUGUUGACCUUCCCUGAAAUCUUAUAUUUAAGAUGUUUCUAUUUUUUAGUUUAAAUCAUCAUUAUUUAUUUAUAGAUUGACUAUGGUCUACAUUUUAGAUUCACAAUAUACAAUAUAACAUGAAUUAUUGGUCUAAUGUCGCGCAGAAAACAUUUGAAUGCAAAGGAAGAAUAUUAUUAUAACUGUGUUAGUUAAUAUAAUCCAUACGGGUUAGUGUUAUAGGAGUUGUACCUACUACCUACAGUAGAAAUUAAAUUUACGUUCGGCUGUUAUGAAAAUUACUUAUUGAUAGAAAUAAAAAAAAAUACUUGUACCAGUGAAUAGAUAGGUAAUAA